AAUAAAAUGUCUAAUCUCACGGGAAAGAGAUUACCUUCAUCUUUCCCGAAAAAAAAAUCCUCCAAAAAAGGGUCCCGAUGCAACGUACACAAACCGACUCACCCGCCCGCCACCAGAUCAGCGUCUGAUCCGACGGCCCGCAUCACCACACGCUCUUUCUGUCUCCACCUUUGGAUCCGGUCCGUCGUUUGUGGCUCUAACUCUGUCCACGCUGACCAGUUAAUCGCCCUCCGAUCUGUCCCUAUCGGACGGUCCGUAGUGCUCCUCUAAACCCCCAAACGCGUCCAAACCUCCCCCUUUACGAACAGUGCGCAUUACUAUUAGCUGAUCAGCUCCCCUUCCCCUGCUCUUACCUCCUACAACCGCAGCAGCAGCAGCAGCAGCAGCAGAAUUAGAAGAAGAAGAAGAAGAAGAAGAAGAAGAGAUUGGAGAGAUUGGAGAGAUUGUAGGAGAAUGCAAGAGCAAGCUACGAGCUCUCUGCCUUCGAGCAGCGAGAGAUCCUCGAGCUCCGCGCCCCCAAUGGAAGUCAAAGAGGGCGUGGAGAGCGACGAGGAGAUACGGAGAGUGCCGGAGUUCGGGGCGGGAGCGUCCACCUCGGGCCGGGAGGCCGGUUCGGCGGCCGGACCGGACCGGACCCAGUCGUCGGCUCAGACCGGCCAGCGCAGGAGGGGCCGGAGCCCCGCCGACAAAGAGCACAAGCGCCUCAAGAGGUUGCUGAGGAAUCGGGUGUCGGCGCAGCAAGCGAGGGAGAGGAAGAAGGCGUAUCUGAACGAUCUGGAGGCGAAGGUGAAGGAUUUGGAGAAGAAGAAUUCGGAGCUCGAGGAGCGGCUCUCCACAUUACAGAACGAGAACCAGAUGCUCAGACAAAUACUGAAGAAUACUACUUUGAGUAGGCGUGGGGAUCGGGCUGUAGCAGUGCCAACGGAGAAGGUCCAGCAGUAG